AGCCUGCAGCUGCAGUUGUUUCACGUCAAAACAAUCCGGAAGACGAUACAGCAUGACGGAACUGUCGGUGCAGCUGAGAGGAGGUUACAAAGCUGAAAUAAAAACAUUCAUGUUUUAGCGCAGCUUAACAAUGUUGCGACAAAAAGGACAAACAUAGCGACGCAGGUUUUUCUGUAUUUUACCCUAUGAGUCUCAAGUCCAGGUCAGUGCAUAUCCAAAGUCGCGCUUGUUUGUUUUUUGGAUAUAAAGUAACAGAUCGUAGCAGCUCCAGAUUAUAAAGUGCUAUAGCUCGUCGCAGACUGGUUCAGAGUCAUCAUGGGCAAUGGAAUGAAUAAGAUUCAGGUGAUUGGACAUGGCACAAGGGCAGCAGGUUGGCAUGAUGUGUUGGGAGACUGAAUUGAGCUGAACUGAAAGGCUUUCAUUCUACUUUGACAUUCUGCCUCAACCCUGCUGAAUUGUCCACAAGCAAGGCACCACGACCACUGCUCUGUUGCUACAUUUGUGUCUGCCCAAUCCAGUUUUAGGAAUGAUGUUCCCUUUUACUUUUCAAAUUAUGGUUGUUGAUGGGCUCUACCUCGGGAAUAUAAGAGAUGCAGAAAACAGAGAAAGCCUGUCUCAGAAUGGCAUCACCCACAUCCUGUCUGUGUAUAACAAUGCCAAGCCUGUGUUUGAGGACAUGACUUACCUUUGUAUUCAUGCAGCUGAUGCAUCCAGUCAGAAUCUGUUGCAGCAUUUUAAAGAGUGCAUCACUUUCAUCCAUGAAAGUCGUCUGAAUGGUGGAUCUUGUCUGGUUCACUGCCUUGCAGGUGUGUCGCGCAGCACCACUAUGGUGGUGGCCUACCUGAUGACUGUCACCCACUACAGCUGGGAAGAGUGUCUGUCUGCGGUCAAAGCUGUUCGCUCUUUUGUUGGCCCAAACUAUGGCUUUCAGCAGCAGCUGCAGGAGUACCAGACCACACAAGUCUCAGAGUACAGAGCAUGGUUACGGACCAGUUUCCGUCCCAGUCCAUUUAAUGACCAGGAUCAGGUGGGUGCCCUACUGAGCCAGUACACAGAACAACAGGAAAGCCAGAGGAGAGGAGCAGACCAACGCUGGAUAAAUCGGGGUGUAGGUGUCUGCUCUUUACCGUCUGACCCUGAUGAGCCUGAAGGCAGCAGCUGAACUGUGGGCUUCUGGUCAUGCCAACUUUCUUGUCCAGUGCUGUCUGAAAAUGGCAGUAGCUGUUACUCUGUACUCAAUUCCAAAUCAACUCCGAGUUGUAUCUAACAUUAAGGCCUUUGUACAACUUUGUAUGAUGUAUAAAAUGUCCCCUUAAAAUCAUAUUUUUUUAUACUUUAUUUUCAUCUGUCUAGGCACUUUUAAGCAAUGGAGGUUGAUUUAGAAUUGGGUGACACACUUCACUACCAGUACCUCCCAUGUACAGCCACAACAGGGGUAUCAGUGCUCACAGACACCUUACUCUAAACACCUCAGCACCUUAGCCAUGAUUAAAUAACCUGUACUUCCACAUGGACUCUUUAAUCCUGUAAUGUUCAGCACGGUAGCCUUAAAGAGAGGUGACUGAUUAACGCUGUCUUAAAGGAACAUUUUGCCUCUAAUUAUGUGCAGGUCCAGUCUGUGCUGGCAAUAUAUGAAAAAUCUAUGUAAAAUAAAUCUACAACAAAUUUGGUGCCCACUAUUCUGACACAGGAAAUGUCAGUCCAAUUGUGAAAGAAAUUGUCCCUAUAAGUACAGGUAUGCAAAAACCCUGUCAAAUGUUUAAACACAAAUGAGCAAUUAUUAACUAUUAACAUACAAUGAUCAUGGAAUUGUUCGCACUAGCCACCUACAGAAGUUAUAACAACAAAAAUGUAUUACUGUUGCACAUCACUGCCCAUGUAGUAAACAGCAUGUGUUUACAGAAACCAGUAGGAAACUGCCUUUUCAUCCCAGUUGGUACCUUUUUGUUUAUUUGAAGAAAAUUUCAAGCAGUCUGUUGUCACAUAUCUCAGCACACUAAACUCUGUAUCAUCUGCAGAAUCCAGAACCGACAAUUAACAGCAGAACAUAUUCCCUUCAGUAGAACAAAUACUGUGAGUUGGAUCUACCUCUUAGUUCCACACAGCUUUGUCUUUAUUGCCUCGGCCAGAGCUUCUGCUGAGUUAUCUCUUAUCAGGCAGGACAGCUCAAGAACAAAGAUAGUCUACCUACAACAGCCAAACCCUUGUUGAGUUUGCCCGCCAUGAGCUGUUGUCAGAUAAGUGAGAGGUGGCCUUAUUUUUUGUUUUGUUUUGUUAACAAACAUUUGUAUAGAGAUGUAGAGAACAUUGGUUCAUACAGGACUAACAUAAGUAUCAAAAUUGGCUAAAUGUUCCUUUCAGUAAUACACUGCAGGUUAAUUUGAGAGGCUAUGUAAAAUAUGGUUAAACUAUAACUACACAUGAAGGAUCUCUGCAGUCCGAAAGUCUUCCUGAUUUUAAUGAAGCUCAGAUUUUUAUUUAAUUUUUUUGUGGAAAAGCUGAUUUUUUUUAGGGAAUUUGUGUUACAAAUCUAUGGGUACAGUUAAGUGUUUUAAUUGCAUAUGUAUGGUGUUUUUUGUUUGUGUUUUAUAAUAAAAUGCAGUGAUUGACAAAACAUAUGGAAAUGCUAAUAAAUCUGUACUAUCAAU